CUAGGGAUAAAUAGUGUGACAUGAUGGCUUAGCUGCGUGUUAUUUAGGAAAAUGGGUUGAGAUUUUGCAACAUGGGGUUCCUAUUUUGCCUUGCUCUUUUGCUGCUUCCAGUCCUAGUGCUAGUUGGCUUAUACUUACUGGUCACGAAAACAAAUGUUAUCACUGGCGGUUUGGCCUCGCUGCUUCGGAAGCUGCUGCGGCGUAAUGGAGUUUGCCGGCAGGGCGACAAUUGCUUUGUAGAGCCAUGUCCAGGAGGCUUUAUCCUAAGGAACGUUAACGUACCCCCUAAGCUGCUGGAGCUAAACGGUGGCUCCAUUACGGUGCCUUCGGUGACUGUCAAGAGGGUUCAGCUGUCAUGGCCAACAUCGUCCUCACCCCUGGCCUUGAGCGUAUCCGGCGUUUCGAUCAAGUUGCUCCAGCGCAGGACGGCACCAAAGGUAAAGCUUGGCGGCACAACAUAUCAGUCCAAACACAGAAAGCUUCGUGCGCUGGAUGCUCUUCUUUGGCACGGGCAGCAAAGCGGCAACGCAGCCGGCUGGCUGUCGCAGAAACGUCAGCAAGCACUGCGCUGGUUGCUCUCGCUGGCUCUGCGCAACAUACGCGUCGACUUAGCCGACUUGAGCGUCCAGUAUGCCCAGACCGGUGAACCAGCACCGGUGGUUUCGGAUACAGGGGAUGUGGCUUUGGACGCUGUCGCAGUCUCUGUCCGAUCACUGACUGUCUCCUCUGUGGCGUUGACGCCAACGGGCACCGUGGCGAGCGAGGAUUCCCCCUGCAGCUCUGCAACCCGGACCUCAGGCCAGGACGCUGUUAACGGUACUCCCGCUAUCUCGUCGCGUUGGGCGCUCGUCGCAUGGGGGCUUAGGCGCUUGCAAAGGCGAGGCGGUUGUGGCCAGGAGCUUCAGAUCCAUCACGCCUCGCGGGUUGCAGUUACCGGGGUCAACGUAAUCCUCAUGUCUCGAGCCCCCAGGGCUCUGCAACCAAGCAGCCAGGCACCUAAAGCCCAACAAUGGCACUCUCAACAACGGCAUGGCAACAGGCGAUUGCCCCAGCGGGCACGCGACUCCGCAGUAGCCGCCGACCGAGGCACGACAGGAGUCAAGCGCAUUGUUACAGGCCCUGCGCUUGGUGGUUGUGACCCGCCUCUACCUCAUCCUGAGGCGGAAUGGGACUCCGUGCAUACAGUUCUGAGACAAUGGAGCGUAGAGGUAGAGGUGUCCCUGAACGGACCUAGGGAGCGCGGCAACUGCGUGGGUGGGUCGGGGUAUCUCGGACGGCGCACGUACCAGCCGUUGGCUGUCCAAGUGCAUGGCACUUUCGGCGUCCGCAGUGGCCGCGGCCGGCAGCAAGCUGCGGCCGGUAUCAUGUCUCCGGGAAAGCGGCAAGGGGAUAGUCCUAGCAACGGUGGAGCUUCGUCUGGUGGAGCAUCGCCCUGCGGUCCUAGUCGCGCAGCCAGCAUGCAGGCUGGUGACCACCUCUCCCGGCGGCAGGGAC